UCUGUAUCGAAAAAUCUUUUGAUUACCUUAAAAAAAUGGCUGUUGGUAGUAUGAUGGUCCUUAUAUCGUGGUCCCGCCAAAAGUUCAACAUGCGAUGAUUUAGCAGAGAAAGUGUUCGAAGUAUUCUGCCAAAUUCAUAUAGUGAUAGACAGAGCCAAUGAAACGGAGUCCUUCACGCUCUAUGUUGAUAUCUCUUUGCCUGCUAAGGUAUGCCACCUUAUAUCUAGCCACUGUCAGCCUUCACUAAAAAGUGAGCAGUGCAACAAAUUAGAGAAAUUUGAGAAACCAAUCGUAGUUAGCAACAAUGUGAUUUUAGGCAGACUUGACGAUCCCAGAUGAUCGUGCCUAGUCCGCUACUCUCCACUGUACCUGUGCCAAUUACCAUAAAUUCUACCGAACGCUUGUUUAAAGACAACAGAUACUCGCAGUUGAAUAUUCAACACUCUGUUGGUUCUUGGCGAUACCUGAAAAAUGACAGGUUCUAGUCCCCUUGAUCUCCUCAUCUCCAUUGACUGGGGCUCCCUCCGGCACGCCUACGGGGAAGCGUCAGAUGUCCCUGGUCAGCUACGAGCUCUCCUUUCAGCAGACAAGGAGGAGCGAGCUGACGCUCAACACGCCCUCUGUGGCAAUAUAUUCCACCAAGGCGAUCGAUAUGAAGCCACUGCCUAUGCAGUCCCUUAUUUAUUUAAGAUUCUCGAAGACUCAUCCACUCCUGAACGAGACUUCUUGAUUGACCACCUGGUCCACUUGGCCCUGGGUUAUGCACAGAUGUUCCUUCCAAAUGGCGUCGAUCUACCGGCAUGGCGGGAGAAGGCCAGUAAGAUCUUGAGUCCCGAGUAUGAAGUCCACUAUUAUCGGCGACACAAUGAUUGGAUCCAAAAGGCAGAAACUGCUGAAGAAAGAGUUUCGCGCAUCGAGUCCUGCAACCUCAGCAUUCAAAGGGACCGUAGAGCUGCUAAAUAUGAACUUCUUGCGUAUGAAGUUGUCAGAGCUGGGGUUUCUGGUUUCCAGAAAUGUCUCGAGGAUGACGAUGCCCAGAUACGGUCUUGGGCUGCUUUUGCGCUAGCAUGGUUUCCUAGAGAGGCCGAUGAAGAUUGCCGCAAUAGCGUUCCUGUGUUGAUGCGGGUCCUUGAGCAGGAGAAAGAGACCGCUGUUUUAGCCUGUACCAUCAUUGCACUUGGCUUGCUGAAUGGCCGUUUUGAUGGUGCCCGCCCAGAGGAAAUAGAUGAGUUGGUCGCUGGCCUACGCGGCUACUCGGCUGAUACGCGUCCCCUUAUUCAAUGGGCUACGGCAGUAGCACUCGUCCGACUUAAAUAUCAAGGGCAAGAACACAUCGAUAUGUUGAUUCGUUGCAUAAAAGACCCGUCCUUUAUCCCAGAUGAAUAUCGACCAGAGUACAGCAAAGAAACAUUUCCGUUUAUAGGCCCGUUUGAUGAGGAGGACGUGGACGGUUAUAGCGCCAACGCUCUGGGGAGCAUCAACGCGAACGAAUAUCCCGGCGUGGUUACGGCUGUGCUAGAUGCUUUGUCGCGCUCAUCAGGCUGUGUCCUCUCUAAGCUUCUUAAAGUUCUUUUGACCUUGACUUUUGGCCCCAUGCUUGAGCACGAAAGCGAUACGGCGUUUGAGGGAUUGAGUGAACUUCAAAAACGAACUGUGACAGCACUCGCAGAGAUGGACGACAAGCUGUGGAAUGAAGAGGAUUUCGUGUGGAUUCUGCGCAAUUGGGAAAUACCAGCUCGCAGUCGUGAUGAGUGUCGCACCUAUGUUGGCUUACCGGGCGCUGGUUUAGGCUAAGAUCUAAACUACGUACUAUUAGUCGAUGUAGUAUUUGCGAGACUAAGUGUGAUCUUGUCUGUGCAAUAUAUGAGGCUGCUAAGCUCAUAUGCCAUGCUAACCAUGUGCUUGUCAGUGGAAAUUUUGGCCGUAUUAAUUGCUUCUUCUUCUGGGGACUGUGCCAUCUAUUUUCAAACCUGGAAUUUUGGGAUCCGGGUUCUCUGAUAUUGACUCGGUCGAUAUCAUAUUAUUGGGACUACGGCAGUUCUAGGAUUCUCCUGCGGUACAUUGGCUUUUCUUGAACCUAGUAUAUGCUAAGAUAGAAUUAAUGAUUCCUGGUUC